AUGGCAGCAUCACAGCCACACGAGGAGCAUAAGCAAGAAUUAGUCGAGAAUGAACACGGUGAUCGCACUGUUCACGUCGAGGGCGAUGAAUACAAUGAGGCCAUGAAGAUUGAGGAACACUCUGCUCCCACGUGGUCGAAAGAAGAAGAGGGACAAGCUCUCAGGAAGUUAGAUUGGAAUCUGAUUCCUUUACUGGGCGCUUUGUACCUUGUUUCUUACAUAGAUCGAGGUAAUGUAGGGAAUGCCUACACGGCUGGCAUGGGCGAGGAAUGGGGAAUUACAUCUGAAGACUAUUCUUGGAUUGUCACAAUUCUGUACAUUGGUUACAUCUUGUUCCACUGGGUAACUCUGCACUCAUUCUCAAUGGUCAUUGAAUCCGCUGACACUGCAAAGCUCAUUCUCGUGUGGACUUUCGUCCCGCUGCCACUCUGGACAGCACUCAUGGCGAUUGGUUGGGGCUCCAUGAGUAUGCUUCAGGCCGCUACCCAUAACUUUGCAGGAAUCAUGGCACUGCGCUUCCUCGUUGGAGCAUUUGAGGCUGGUUUCGUGCCGGCUGUUGCUUUAUACAUGACCUUCUUCUACCACCGAGGGGAGAUGGGGCUUCGAUACGGUCUUUUCAUAUCGUUCUCUCCCCUAGCCAGCUGCUUUGCAUCUGCACUGGCGUAUGGUCUUGUCAGUGCAAAGUCGUCUAUACCCAAUUGGGAGCUCUUGUUUCUUGUCGAGGGUUCCCCAACGAUUCUCCUGGCCAUAGUAGCCUACUUCUAUCUCCCACCCUCGCCCUCAGAGUGCCGGUUUCUCACCCCCCGACAAAAUGAAAUCAUCAGUCAUCGCGCUUUCAAGGGCCGGGGUGAGAAGAGAGAGGGAAAGCUCAACUUCAAGCAGGCUUUUGCUGCCUUUUACGACUACAAAAACUAUUUGCAGGCACUGAUCAUUUUCUGUCUCAAUACCGCUUUCGGCUCGUUGCCAGCAUAUCUACCUACAAUUCUUCAGGCCAUGGGGUACACUUCGCUUCACGCACAAGGCUUCUCUGCCUGUCCUUAUCUGGCCGCUUACGUGGUGUGCGUCACGGCGAGUUUUGUCUCCGAUCGUUUCAGAACCCGUGGGAUCUUCAUCGUUCUAUUUUGCUGCACCGGAGCCGUCGGAUAUGUCUUAUUGGCCACCAUCCAUACCACCGGUGUCCGCUAUUUUGCGACCUUCCUCGUCUGCGCAGGAGUCUUCCCAGCUGUUGCCCUUACUUUCACCUGGGUAACUGACAACCAAGGUUCGGCAUCCAAGCGUGGCGCCGGACUGGCUAUCUUCGGCAUGGUCGGUCAAUGUGGUCCGAUCUUGGGUGCUCGCUUAUUCCCCAAGACGGACCAGCCGUGGUACGCCAAGGGUAUGUGGACCUGUGCCGGCAUCCUGUUCGCUGCUGCUGCUUUGGCUACUAUUCUUAGCCUUUGCUUGAAGUUUCAGAAUAAGAAACGAGACGAGAAGUAUGGAAAGAGUGACUUGGAUUAUGUUCCGGCUGAAGUUGCGGACAAGGGCGACGAUCAUCCCAUGUAUAGAUACGUUCUUUGA